AUUUGUGUGGUGGUGGAUCUACUAGAUUCAAUGCUACGGAAGGUGGUGGAACUGGCUUAGAAGAGCCGGCGUUUGAGGCAAAUAGUGAGGACAUUUGUGAGGAAGUAGUCAAGAAUGGAGAUGACAGGAAACUUGUUGG